AUAUUUCACUCUGAGAAGACGGUCUAAUCCUUCAACAGCUUUUUUGUUUUUACUGCUUGUAAAGAAAAAAUGUCUUUGGCAAGAAGUAAAAGACACUUGGAAGCUGGAGGAAACUAUUAAAGAGAAAAACCAGAAGCUAGUACAUGUAUUUACUAGAAAAUAAAUAACAGGAGAGGCAACAGAAAUGCAGUAAGUAACAGGAAGAGCAGUUACCAUAUGUGAAAACAAUAAUAUUGAAGAAGCUAGAGAAAGGGGAACAACACAGAGAUGUUAAAUUUUAAAAGCAUCACUGUUCACUGUAUUUAAGGGAGCAUAAUGGUUGAGUUACACCUGUAUAUAAUUUUGAGCAGACUGGCUUCUUGAGAUAGGUAAUGAGCUGCUAAUAUAGAUGUAGUUUUGUUUAGGAAGCUAGAAGAGAGUAACAGUGCCAGCCAUUGUAAUUACAUUAUGACAGAUCCUCUGACAAGACUCUUGUAUCAAUGAGCAUAGUUGCCCAUUUGUUAUACACAUUAAAAAAAAGGAGUAGAUAAAACUGCUUAAGAUUUUCCUGUCAGCUUUGAUGUACUGAAGGGUAGUAGUAGUUCUUCAUGGAUGUGACUGCAGGUCUGUCCCCUUUCUGGUCUCUGAGUCCAGUUCUUGAGGCAGCAACAACUUUAUAUGGCUCACGUCUGACAACAUGCACCACCAGUGGCUGCUGCUAGCUGCAUGCUUUUGGGUGAUAUUCAUGUUCAUGGUUGCUAGCAAGUUUAUCACACUGACUUUUAAAGACCCAGAUGGCUACAGUGCCAAGCAAGAGCCAUUGAUACUGACAGCUGUGACAAAAGUGGAUGAGGUACAUGUGCCAGAGCAAAAACAUUGGCCUGAAGAAUUCCAGCCAACUGGAAAAGCUUUUUCUGGAAAUCUGAUCCGCCAACCCCUGGUUCAUAUGGAAAGACUUGAGCUUCUCAGGAAUGUCUGCAGAGACACUGCAUUGAGAAAUCUCUCUCACACUGCAGUUUCCAAAUUCGUCUUGGACCGAAUAUUUGUGUGUGACAAGCACAAGAUCCUGUUUUGUCAGACUCCAAAAGUGGGCAACACUCAGUGGAAAAAAGUCUUGAUCGUUUUAAAUGGAGCAUUUUCUUCCAUAGAAGAGAUCCCAGAAAAUAUUGUACAUGACCAUGAGAAGAAUGGGCUUCCACGCUUGUCCUCCUUCAGUGACUCUGAAAUUAAAAAACGACUGAAUUUAUACUUCAAGUUUUUUAUUGUUAGAGAUCCAUUUGAAAGACUUAUUUCUGCAUUUAAAGACAAGUUUGUGCACAAUCCUCGGUUUGAACCUUGGUACCGGCAUGAAAUUGCUCCUGGCAUCAUUCGUAAAUACAGAAAGAAUCGCACAGAGACCAAAGGGCUGCAGUUUGAGGAUUUUGUGCGCUAUCUGGGUGACCCUAAUCAUCGAUGGUUAGAUGUUCAGUUCGGUGACCACAUAAUUCAUUGGGUAACAUAUGUGGAACUCUGCGCCCCCUGUGAAAUCACGUACAGUGUGAUUGGACACCAUGAAACCCUGGAGGACGAUGCUCCGUAUAUCUUGAAAGCAGCAGGCAUAGACCAUCUGGUAUCAUACCCCACGAUUCCACCAGGCAUAACAGUGUACAACAAAACAAAAGUAGAGCGGUAUUUUUCCGGAAUUAGCAAGAGAGACAUAAGACGCCUCUACACGCGUUUUGAAGGCGAUUUUAAACUCUUUGGUUAUCGGGAGCCAGAUUUCCUGCUUAACUGACACCUGGGAUAAGCUCUGAAGAAGUGUCUCAUGGAUUAAUCUAAACCUGCGUGAAUACCAGCUGCAACACUGACAGAGCUGAGAAUGACCAUUUGUUUUCUAGCUUUUUGAUGUUGCUCCAUUUUUCAGUGAAAUAUCUGUCAUAUGAACAAGUAGGGGCUUAUAGUUGUUGUUCACUGACCAUGUUUUCAAUAUGUGACAUUGCACUCUGUUAGGAAUGAUGUCUCUGUUAUCUGAAAUACAGAAUUCCAUUUCUCCCCUCUUUCCUCUAGGAAUAUAGAGGGAGAACAAAUGGGCUAUGAUCUUCCCCUUCCUCUCCCAUACAGAAUACUAUUUUUAAAAUGUUGUGAGUAUUUAUAAAGAUGGCAAGUUCACUGUAGGUUAUCUCUGACAUGUGGGUGAACUUCAUGAUUUGUGUUCAUGAGAAAGACAUCUAGUCUCCCAUGAGCUUUGAAAAUCAGACACCAGUACAGGACUAAAGAUUGAUUAAAUGUUUGACAAGUCAAGUCAUCUAGGCUGCUGUAAUAACAGUAAUGCUGAUUUAAUCCCAUUUUUGUUUGUCACAAAAUGAACCUAAUUAGACAGAAGCUUUAGAGGUGUUAAAAAAGGAACUGGUUCCAGAGUCCAGUUGUCUUUGUAUUUUUGUCAAGUGUUUACUGUACUUACUACUGGUCUGUUGAGCCUCAAAAUUCUACUUUUGAUUUUCAAAAUAUUGUUUAACUCAUGGCUAUGUAUGUUAUCUGAGAACACCAGAUGCAAAUGGAGCAUAGAAGAAAUAUGAAACUGCUAGGGAAACACUAAGGAAAAUUAAUUUAAUUGUGUUUGUGGGAGCACAUAUAGAAGUCACGAGAUACUCUCUAAAUAUCACACAAUUUAACUUGUUUUGUCUUCUAACAGUUAAGAUUAAUAAAGAAGCCACAGAAGUGGGAUGGCAUAUAAAAGAGCUGCUAGUUACUUGGAUUAAUGAUCUACCUUUUUCUUAUAUCCAGCUUUGCUCAAUGUUCAGUACUUCAGAGAAUAGAAAAUUUACCCCCCUCUGAAAAUUUAUCUCUCUACUGCUAAAGGAGAUAGGGUGAAUCCCUGAUUUUUCCAAUGGUUUGCUGCCAUGGUGUCCUGACUCAAAAAAUGCCCAACAUUUGUGUUACCUUUGGGGUGAGUUGGCAACUUGCCAGGAGAAUGAAUGUCACUAAAAUUUGUGUACUCAUUUUAUGCAUUAAAAAAAAGAAAACCGGAACUGAAUGGAUGCAGCCAUCAUAUUUGCCUGUGCUUGCGUUGUGUCUCAUAAAGAGCAGUCUUUUGUUGGAGUUCACCAGCAAUAAAAAUCAGUACGCUGCGACCUCAUCCCACAGGCCAUGGGAGAGAAAAGAGACCACAUAUCUGAAAUACAGAAAUUGCUUUGUCAUAGUGAGCAUGUGAACUGUAUUUUUUAAAUCUUAGUUCCAAAAGAUUAAUUUUCCAGAUCAGUAUAAUGUUGCUGGCUAGAAAUGCUAAUGAUGGCUGGUGCUAUGGAAUCUGCUCUUAAAUCCAGCCACAGUAUGUUUUUGAUAGCUUCCUGUAUCAACACAGGGAAGCAUCUUGCACUUGUGAAAAAGGAAAGCUGUGCCAAGCUGACAUGUGCUGCUACCCACAAAAAGGAAGCCCUGUUGUAGCUGGAAGUGAUUUCAGAGAUCUCUCAACAGACUGACUGAAGUAAGGAAGAAUCAUUAACUGGCAUCUUUAGCAAAGUCCAAGGUGGCAAAGCUGGAAGGUGGGAUUUUAAUUUUUUCUUUUUUUUAAAGCAACAAUUACAGCGCCCUAACUGGUUAGUUCUUAACCAAUGAUAAAAAGAUGUUAACAGCUCCAGGUUCUUCUGUGGUUUUCUUAAUGUGAGAACUUAGCAAAAUGUACUGUUAAACGCAAUUUGGAGCUAAUGAGCUGAUUGAUUACCUCUCCACCAAUUUAAAAUGUAACAGUAUGAAUAAUGUAUAGUGAAUUCAGGCCUUAAAGUUUAAUUCUAAUAAAGAUAAAAUAGAAUUGUUUUCCUCUGAAAGUAUAAGCUACUGAUCACACAGAAUGCCAAUAUAUGUUUUUAUUUUUCUUGGUAAAUUAGUUAUUGUAUUGAUUGCUUAAAAAUUGCCAGGUGGAAAGUGCUAUGUAAAUAUUAAGUAGUAGUAUUUUUUUCUAAUAGCUUUCUCUGUGUUGAGUUCUCUUGGGCAUCUGACAGCAAAUGUGGACAGAGCUAUGGACUGACAUAGGCAGAGAUGUGUAUUGCUCUCCCAGCUCUGUGCUCCCAUGCUUUUCAGGCUGGGUCUGGAACACUCCUUAUCAUUUGUUAAGUUCAAACACAAAGUUUCUUUUUUCAGUGAUACCCUCCUGAGCUAUAUUUUCUUUCUCUAGAAGUGUGGGUUUUUUCCUCAGGUGGCUGAAGUAAUGACGAUGUGGUUUUGACAUGACUCUUGCAGAGACUCGGAUAACAUGAAAGCCCUCGGUUGAGGUAUGGUGGGAUUCUCUGUACCUCCUGUCUGGUGCGGGUAGGGUGGCCAGAGCAUACAGUGUUGGGGAGGAGGCUCUUGCCCUGCUAGUUGGGAUGAAUUAAAUGCUUGUGGUUUGUUUUAGCUUAAUUGUACCCUAUACAAGGUUUUUACAAAUUUAGUCCCAGUAAUGUGCAUGAAUGUCAUUUGGCUGUUUGGAUGUCAUUUGCAUACUGCUUUCAAACUGCAGGUGAUAUUUAUGUCGUAUUUGGGGAACCACUAGCCCAGGUUGUUAUUUCUCUUUUCAUAUUGUUGUUACAGAUUCCGAAAACAAACUUUCAUCCUUA